UUAUCAAAACUAAUUGAAGCUUUACAUCAAUCAAAUCUAAGUAAAAUAUCAAAAUCUUAAAGAACAGAAAGUUCUCUAAAAGCUACAAAUAAAUAAAAGAACAAACAAAAUUUAAAAUGCGUUUCGUAUUCUUCAUUGUUGCACUUUUUGUGUUAAUUGCACUGACACUCGCCACGCCAAUUAUUGAUAAUGGACAAGUUGAUGAGAACAGUAUUGUGAUAAAUGAUGAUUCUGAUUUAGAGACUCUUCAACUCGGAUGUAUUCCAAGAGAUUGUUAUAAUUAUUGUAGACGAAUAAGCCAUAUUUAUGGAAAAUGCAACAUCUUUGGAAAUUGCGAGUGCUACAAGUAACAAGAAAUUAUACAUAAAUAUUACUAAGCUGCUCUAAACUGGCAUAAACUUACUUGAUUUUUAUAAUUUUAAUAAAUUUAAGAAAUAAAAAUACUGUUGC